AUGGGCGACACAUCUUGUGCCGAGCGUGUGACGCCAAGGCGCCGGGUAUCCACAAGGGCCCCCUGUCAACCGUCAGACUGUGCAAAAGGCGGCCUCUCCAGCUUCGUGACUGCACUUUGCGCCGAGUGCAUCGACCUGCUGCUCGAGAUGGAGGCCCGCCUGGACUUCGACGAGGAGCUGCCGCCGUUUGACUUCCCGGCACUGAUUGAGCACAUUCACACCAUCUCGCGGCCGGCUGCUGCAGGCGGGGAUGCGCCUUCUUGGGCACCACUCGGGACGUGGUGGAGGCAGCGGUGUCGGUCGGGGGGGAUCCCCGUGUACCUGCUCGACAUCGAGGGCGCGGGGGAGGCGGCAGCGGAGGGCAUCUCGUGGGCGGUAAAUCAGAGGCAAGCGGAGCAGCUCGUGCGCGCGAGCGAGGCUCUCCAGCGCCUGGUUGCAAGCAUUGAAGACGACCUCCCAAUUGACUUUUGGACGGUGGACGUGCGGGAGGCGGCGCUCGCACUGGGUCGGAUCAGUGGGGAUGACGUCACGGAAGAGGUGCUUGACGGCAUCUUCAGCAGGUUCUGCAUUGGGAAGUGAUAGGUCGAAGGAAACGAAUAGGGUGCGAAAAUUGCCAUGAAGAUGCUUGCAGGUUCAAGGCUGGUGCAGGCCGAUGGUGUACUCUACAAUCUCACUUGUGGCUUGUCGACUAACAAGUCAACUUGAUGACCAUUUAUGUGCAUCAUUGAUGCAUGCCUCAGUGGGAUCUAAUCCGGGCGGCGCGAGUUUGCGGGCGGCGCGAGUUUUCAUAAAUCUGUGGAGGGUGCAUGAUGCCUCCGCCGCCAGUGCACAAGACUGGAGGCGGCCACGGCUGCUGCCAAGGACAGUAGUACAGCAUUGACAACGAUUCGGUCAUCCAUUUAAUAUGUUCGUUGGCC